AUGGAUAUACAAUUUAUUGGUGAUAACUCAAGGUUGCUAACGUAUUAUGUUACUAAAUAUUUGAAUAAAGCAGCAAAAUGUGAAUUAUCUGAUUCUGUCCUUAAUAGUACAAAUAAUAAGAACAAAUCAGUGGCGAGCGAUUUUUGGAAUAUUGCUUUGCGACUCACUAAUAAUAGAGAAUGUGGAACUCUUGAAGCAGUUGAUACAUUGUUAGGUAUUCCUCUACAUGGAACUGAUAGAAACACAACUAUUAAAUGGUUAGAUGUUAAUCAGAUACGAUAUAGAAAAGUCAAAAACUGUAAAGAAAUUGAAGCUCUCGAAGGUGAUUCUACUGAUAUAUUUUGUCCAUCUGUAAUAGACAGUCAUUAUCCAAAUAGACCGGAAGAACUUGAUACAAUGUUCUUAUAUGAAUUUGUACAGUGGCAUGACCAACAUUUGGAUGACUUAGAAAAACAGAAUACGUCUCAAGAUGAUCCUGAUAAUCCAAUAGGUGUACAAAAUAUUCAAGCUGGUGAUGCGAUGCAAGAUUUUAAAGAUCUUGGUGACAAACAGGAAAUCGAUAUAUCUCAAAUGAUUUCAAAAUUGAAUUCGGAUCAAAGAAGAGUAUUUGAUAAAGUCACUAAUACCAUAACGUCAGGUAAAUUACUACUACGAUUGUACGUUAGCGGAGAAGGAGGUACUGGCAAAAGUUUCUUAAUUAAAACAAUUAAAUGUUGGUUAAAACAAAAUCUCAAGAAGGAUACUGCUGUAGCAGCACCUACUGGUAUAGCAGCGUAUAAUAUAAACGGUUUGACAGUUCAUAGAUUAUUGCAAUUACCCGUUGAACAUGGCCAUACUCCUAAAUAUAGGCCAUUAGCUAACCACGCUUUGAAAGUUUUACGAGCAGACCUUAAAGAUUUACCUCCUGUACAUGAAGAUCCUGCCUUUGUACAAUUAACAGCUGAAAACAUUCGUAAAUAUCUUGUUUCUUUAAGUGCUACCAAUCUAUGGACUACUUUAUUUGAUUAUGAUGAACUGACAAUCAAUAUGCGUCAGCAAGGAGAUGGAUCUUAUCUUAAGUCUCAGUCUGUGUUCAGAAUGUCAACGAGUAAAGGUCUUGUCGUAUGGUCUUUCUUUAUUUUAUGGAUUUUCGUAAAUAACGCAAAAUGCCAAGAUUUAAAAGAAAUGUCUAAAACAUUAGACGAAAUGCUCAUCAACACUAGAUCAUUUCGAAGGCCUCGAGAUCAUGAAGAUACUUCGGUAAUUUGGCAAGAAUAUGAAUUUGGUACAGGAGCUGGAAAUCGAGAAGAAAUUGUUGUGACAAAUAUUUCACUGCAUACACUUGCUGAUAUAACUGAAAACAUUAACAUAUCAAUAAACAAUUGGCAGUUUUUGCGAACAGAAACUAGUUACUUUAUUUAUGCCGAAAAAUCGACGUUGAUCUUUUACAAAAUUAGUUGGGAUGAUUUGUCAAUUGAACGUACUAUAAGUUUAUCGACCGAAGGACACAUAUUACAAUUUAAAGUUCUCAAUUUUAAUAUUAAAGCUACGUUUAAUAAAAGCCACGCAAACAAUUUAAUGGCAAUUGUACUAGUUGAAACCCAGUAUGGUUGUUGUCUAUAUUGGUAUAAUAUUUUCGGAAAUACGUAUAUUUUGUAUUCGACAUGGCCCGUACGAAAACAAAUUCAAGAUAUGGAAUUUGUACAAGAAAAGAAUCAACAUGAAUUAUUGCUACUCGACAAUGAUGAUACAUAUCUCGAAGAUCAAUCAUUGAUUGAUGUUUAUGGUUUUGAUAUUGACUAUAAUAAUCAUCGUAUCGAUAUCUGGUUUUGCCAGCGAUUAUUUAUUCCAAAAGUAUUUGAUGUUCAAGUUUGUCCAAUUUAUGGACGCACCGUGCUGGCUUUUCAAGGAAUCGAAAGUGUUAUUUUAUACGAAUCGAAACAUGAGGAUAAAUUAUGUCAGUAUAAAAAAUUGGAAGUUAUCAAAUCCAACAAACUCGCAAAUUUUGUCUGCUUUGAGAGUGGUUAUGUUGAAUACUUAGCAAUUAGUGGAGGGAAACCGCGUUUAUUUCACCUUUUUGAGAACGAAUUUCAAGAUAAUUCUGACAUAAAUCUGCAUUUUGAUGGUAAAAUGAUAAUAAAUGAAAUUUUGUGGAUAAUUACUAUACCAUUAAACACAUAUCGAGAUGAAUCUUUGUUACUAGUUCAAUUAAAAAAUUCAACAAUAAUCGCUUUAGCUUGGCAUGGAUCAAAGUUUAAGGCUGUGCCUUUACCCAAUCAGGUUAUAAAUAACUUUGAUCUAUCAAAAAUUGUCGUUGUUCCAAAUGUCGGAUUUGCAUAUGUAAACAUGCUUGUAACUAUAGAAGUAACGUUAACUGAAUCAGCGCAUCCUAUUCACGAUGAGACGGAAAGCGUAUUAAAGACACGAGCUUUAUUAAAGGAAAUUUUUCGAAAACAAGAAGCUAUCUUUGAUGAGACUGAUACACAAUUCAAUCGAAGUUACUUUAAGAAUGUGAUAACAGGAUUUUGGAAUCUUUCAAAAAUAAAUGUAUCGAACGCUAUACUCGAAAGUCAUGUAAAUUAUAGCGCUGUCAAAGUUGGUUCGAUCAAUUUGAAAAUGGAAGAUAUAUUGAUAAACGUGACAUCAAAUAUAAAGAAAUUAAAAGAAUUAGAUGCAAAGCUUGAUCAAAUGUUAUCAGAUUUGAAAAGUAUGACUAAUUCGACAAAAAUUACUUUACCUCCAGAUGUUGAAUUAAAUGGAGAUUUGUCGGUGAAUGGUACUCUAUAUACGAAAAAUAUAAUUGCGGCUUUUAUUAAUAACGCAUCAAUUUCGAUCAUAGAAAACAGUAUUGUAAAUCGCAUCAACGGUCAGAAAUCUGUUUCGUCUAUCGACACUAAUAAUUUAACGAUUUUCUCUUUAAAUGGCAUACCGUUGGAGAAAGUCAUGUUCAAUUUUCUAAUCAAAAAUUAUAGUGACGUAAAUUUUUCAAUAUUAAAGAGAUUAAAAGUUGAUGGUCACUUGAAUUUUUCCGUAAUAAAUAACAUUAAAUGGAAGGAGCAGAUGCAAGAUAUAAUUUGGAAAGAUGAAUCGACAACUAUUUCUGGAGAGACAAUUGCGGAAAGGCUUGUCGCCGAAAAAGCUAAUGUCAAAAAUCUGAAUUAUUUGCAAUAUCCAAGAAAUUACAUUCUAAUGAAUGAACUAAAUAAAUUUCCUAUCAACGUCACGGGUGAAAAGCACUUCGUUAACUUGUCUACGACACAUUUGUUAACCAUCAAGACAAUAAAUGAAAUUGAUAUUAAUGAUUUUGUUAUUCUCAACAGACAUGAAGUUAUUAAUGAAGAAACUACGUUUAAAGAUCUAGAAAUUGAUGGAAUCUUCCAGAUUGACGGAAAUAUAAUAGGCAUUAAUGCAAGCGGUAUAGAGGAUUUGCUUAACGAAACCGAUAGGCUUUUAUCAGAUGUUAGUUUUGAAAAUCUGAUCAUUAUGGGAAAUAUUGUACUCAAAGAUUCAAUUAAUGCUAAAGCGUGGUCGGAUCUUGACAAUUUUUUAUUAAAGACUGAAAAAAAUGCAGUAAUUAUUGGAAAUAAAAGAUUUUGGAAUGACGUCAACGUAAAAUCUACGACAAGAAUUAAAUCCAGACGAAUUAAUGAUCACAUUUUUUCAGAAUUCGUAACCUUAAACACUAAUCAACAGUUUCCUCAUUUAACGAAAAUAUCAGCAAAUAUCAUGUUUGAAAAUGUUACUCUUGGCAUCAUGAAGAAAUUAGAGGAUUAUAUAAUCUAUGAACAAAGUAUAACUUCUAGUUGCUUUAAUAAAAUACUGUUAUUUGUUAAAUCAUUUAUUAUCGAUAAUUUGUCUUUUGAUACUAUAAAGCAGACUAUCUCACAAAUUACCUUCUUUGACAAAUUAAAUAAAACUUUUCAACAAGGGUAUUUCGAGAAUUUAACGACUUCGAUAUUAAUGAUUGAUGAGAUCUUGCCUAAUAUAAUCAAUAGAAUCAACUACAUUGAUUUGGUCAACUGCGUGUUAACACCCUAUACGCAGCAGAAUCUAACAGGUGCUUUAAUAAUUGACAAAUUGGAAACUGACAUCUUGGACGCAGAAAUUAUUAACGCAAUACCUUUAAAUAUGUGGAAUCUGUUAUCGACACACGCAAAAUCACCUUAUAAUGACAUUUUGAACGGAAAUGCAUCGAUAAAAAAUCUAGAAGUAACAGGAAUUAUAAUGGCAUUUUCAAUUAAUAACAAUAAUAUUAUUGAUAUUUAUAAGGAAUAUAACAUGGCGACUGUCAUUUUCAAUACAAAUGUAUCGAUUAAAAAUUUGAGAGUAAUUGGCUUUAUAAAUAAUUUAAACGUAUCUAUGUUUAUCAGUGAUGCUGUUCAGAAAGCCGAUAGAAAUAUUACAUUUAUAGAUCGCAAAAUAUUGAAUAAUAUUACGUGCGAAUUUUUAAAAGUACAAUUUAUAAAUGAACAUUUCGUAAACCAUAUUUUGGAUCUAAAUGAAAAGCAGAUGCUAAAAGGGCCAAUUGUCAUAAAUGGUUCAGUCACGGUUCUAAGAAAUUUUAAUACAACUGGCAAGAUUGGAAAUUCUGUAUUUUUAAGCAAUUUCACAAAUAGAUUUAAAGAUAAGGAUAAUUCUUAUGCUCUUCGUGGUAAUGUUUACUUCAUUGAGACUGUUUCUGUAACAAGAUUGAAUGUAAGUGGAUCGAUUCGAGGAUUAAUGUUAAACAGUUUCUUCAAGACCAUAAUCUUUAAAAAUGAUACAAAUGUUACAAUUUUGGGACUAAAAUUAUUUAAAAAUUCAGUUACAUUUAAUAAUGUAUUUAACAUCGACGGCAGUUUAAACAAUUUAGAUUUAUAUAGAUUUUAUGAAAAUGUUGUUUAUAUCAAUAAAUCUUUCUCAAUUAAUACCAAAGUUACGUUCGGAGAAAAUGUUUAUCUACGAAAAAACCUCGUAGUAAAAAAUAAAUUACAAUCAUAUACCAUUAUGGAAGUUGAUAUGAAAGACUUUCAAGAGAAUGUUAUUGCCCUUAAUAAACCUAAAUAUUUUCCAGCACGAAUAACACUCAACAAUGUGACUUUCCAGACAAAUAUAAAAGUCAUGCAGGUUAAUGACUUACAAAUGAAUCUGUUGAUUUUAUUAAAUAUGCGACAGUUUAUUAUGAUCGAUAAACUUAAUUGUACUAAUAUUAUUGUCAGAAACAUUCAGAUAUCAGGACAAAUUAAUACCUACCAUAUAGAAGAUAUCUAUGCGGACACCUUCAUGACAUAUGGUAAUCAGAAUAUUACAGGAUAUAUAAAGAUACGAGGAAACAUUUAUGCGUACCAUAACUUCAAUGCUCAUUUAAUCAAUAAUUUUAAACCAACGAGUAUUGUUUCUUCAACUGCAAACGACGCUCUAACAGGAAACUUUAUAUUCAAAACUCCAAUUAUCUUUGAUAAAAAUCUCAUAGUUUUGGGUCUUCUAAACAAAAUAAGCCCAAUUAAUUGGCAAGAAGCAGUAAUAAAGACAAUGAACAAAGCAAAACAGAUUAUAUCUGGAAAGUGGAGAGUGCAUGGAAAUGUCUAUUUUGAAAAGAACGUUUAUGGAAAUAAGUUCUUGAAUGAAAUUAAUAUCAUUGACGCAUCAUCAACAUUAACAAGAGAACAUCCUGAAAUAGAUCAUGUUACCGAGGAAACAUAUAAGGAUUUAAAUAACGUGUGUGCAUUGCACUUGAAUAUACUCAAAUGCAACGCUAUAAAACAGAUAUAUAAAUUUAACACAUUUGAUUAUUUAAAAAUCCAAGAAUUUGAUGGAGACAUUCAUAACAUCCAUACUGUCGAAAUAAAUGAUAUGGAUUAUAUAUUAAUAAAUUACAACAUUUGCCAUAUAAAACUUCUAUUAUAUAUUCAAACUGAUUUUCAAGUGAUCGAUGAAGUAUCCGAUUUUGGAUUAAUUGAUCAAUGGACGUUUUUUAAAUUAAAUCGCGUUUUAUACUUGCUUACAACUGCAAAACAAACCUGUGGUAGAAGUCUUAGCAAUUUAUGGAAAUUGGAAAAUAAUAGAAUAGUACAUGUAUUAGAACUUGGUAAUGCCACAGACAUUAUGAAUUUAUAUCAAGAUGGAUUUAUAGCAAUGAUUCAAAAGAAUCUUGAAAUUUCACCAUCUAAUAUGCAAUUGGAUAUAAAGACUCUUACCUCGUACAAAAAUGAGACAUUAAAUUUGAUUUCAAAUAACGAUCCUAUUGUACUAACUAAUCAAUCUUUAUCUUAUGAUUUGCAAGAAAGAUCUUUAAACGACACACGUUUAAAAAAUUGUUUUGGUUGUGGCAGCGUACUGACUUUUAAAGUAGGUAUUAAUAAAAAAGAAGAGUAUAUCCACUAUAAUGAAGAAGUCAGCCAAGAUUAUAUAUAUUUGUGCAAAAAUGACAUUUCACAAACAAAAAUUCUGCAAACAAUAAAAGCACGUCAACCAAAAUCAUUUUUUAUUCUAAAUUUGGAUGAAUUCCUCGGAACAUUACUUGUUUUCGUAGAAAAUAAUGAUAUUAUACAAGUGUACGAAUAUAAAGGUAUCGAAGGUUUUGUGCAUCGAAAUGUUAUACAAAUAAAAGUUGAUAAGUUAUACAACUUUAAAAUGAGAAAUUUCAAUAAUUUAGAAAAGAAACAUUUUUUGGCUGCAGUUUAUAAAAACCGACUAACAAUUUUAGAGGCACAAAUGUAUGGCGAAAAAUUAAAUUUGGGAAUAUUAUCGACGAAUUUUUGUUACACAAAUAAGUGUUAA